AUGAACUCGUGGGACGCGGGCCUGGCCGGGCUGCUAGUGGGCACGAUGGGCGUCUCGCUGCUGUCCAAUGCGCUGGUGCUGCUCUGCUUGCUGCACAGCGCUGACCUCCGCCGCCAAGCGCCAGCGCUCUUCACCCUCAACCUCACGUGCGGCAACCUGCUGUGCACCGUGGUCAACAUGCCGCUCACGCUGGCCGGCGUCGUGGCGCAGCGGCAGCCGGCCGGUGACCGCAUGUGCCGCCUGGCCGCCUUCCUCGACACCUUUCUGGCUGCCAACUCUAUGCUCAGUAUGGCCGCGCUCAGCAUCGACCGCUGGGUGGCCGUGGUCUUCCCGCUGAGCUACCGCACCAAGAUGCGCCUCCGCGACGCCGCACUCAUGGUGGCUUACACGUGGCUGCACGCGCUCACCUUUCCGGCGGCCGCUCUCGCCCUGUCCUGGCUCGGCUUCCACCAGCUGUAUGCAUCCUGCACGCUGUGCAGCCGGCGGCCUGAUGAGCGCCUGCGCUUUGCCGUCUUCACGGGCGCCUUCCACACGCUCAGCUUCCUGCUGUCGUUCGUCGUGCUCUGCUUCACGUACCUCAAGGUGCUCAAGGUGGCCCGCUUCCAUUGCAAGCGCAUCGACGUGAUCACUAUGCAGACGCUCGUGCUCCUGGUGGACAUCCAUCCCAGUGUGCGAGAACGCUGUCUGGAGGAACAGAAGCGGAGGCGGCAGCGCGCCACCAAGAAGAUCAGCACCUUCAUAGGGACCUUCCUCGUGUGCUUUGCCCCCUAUGUGAUCACCAGACUGGUGGAGCUCAUCUCCUCGGCACCCAUUGGAUCCCACUGGGGGGUGCUGUCCAAGUGCUUGACCUACAGCAAGGCUGCAUCUGACCCCUUUGUGUACUCCCUGCUGCGACAUCAGUACCGCAAAAGCUGCAAAGAGAUUCUGAACAGGAUCCUCAACAGACGCUCCAUCCGCUCCUCAGGCCUCACAGGUGACUCUCACAGCCAGAACAUUCUGCCCGUGUCUGAGUGAAGGACCAGGUUCCUGCUGGAGAGUUUAGAAUGAGAUGACUGGGAGACGUGGGGGCAGGCUAGGGGAUCCUGGAUGGACACCACCCACCACCAUCUCCCCGCAAUCCCAGUGAUUCAGGAUUCUGGGUCUGUUUCCUGGCUCCUCAGGGCAGAUAUUGGACUGCCACCAUUUAUCACCAAAGGAUGGCCAUGGGCCAUGCUCUGGCCUUUCUUUCUGAGAAGCUUCUUUGAGCUCCCAGACCCACCAGAGGCUCCUCUGGAGAUGAUAGUCCAGUCACGGUCGAGGAUGAGGUACAGGUGGCAGGUGGGGAGGAGUGGCACCCACCUGCUUGGACCACUGGACAUGAGGCUCCAUGCUGAAGAAAAGCAACGGUCUCCAUGGGACAUUUUAGUCAUGCUACAGGUGAGACUGGUGGUGGCCAUGUGGCCCCAGAUCUGACAUAAUGACUCCUUUCCACUUGGUAGGUGUGGCUGCUUUAACCCAAAUAUUAUCAGCUAGUACCAAUUAGCUGAGACCCUGGGACUCUGCUCCUAAAGGGAAGAUGUUUAACAAUUAGUGGCCAUCUGGUUGGUGGCCACCAGUUGUCCCAAGAAUGGCAAAUUGGAUAUAACUUUUUUAUCUCCUCCCGCACAAAAAGAAAACUCAUGUUUGUGUGUGUAGACAAUCUUAGCAUGA